AUGAUAUCGCUCGCCCUUCUACGGCCGGCAACGGCCCAUGUCGUCUGUACUUCGUCUGCCACUGGCAUUUUCGCCUCGCGAUCAUGGCCCAAUGUCACGGAUGCGAGUUUGCCCACGCCUCGAUCUACCAGCAUCCAUAGCACCCAUCCGACGCGCUGGCAGAGCACUUUGCGACCGAGCCGCACAAACGCUAUCGUUCCAGCCCACACGAAGUCUCUCCAACUCGUCCGCCAUGCUUCUGUCGUGACAGGCACGCCUGCCCCUGGACAGGCAGCCGAACCUGAGCUGCCAGUCGCUCACUCCGUUCCGUACAGUCAACUCACCGUCGGCGUCCCCAAAGAGAUUUUUUUGAACGAACGCCGCGUCGCGCUCUCUCCUCAGAACGUUGCUUUGCUCCUCAAGAAGGGCUUCUCCAAGGUACUUGUCGAGCGCGGCGCGGGCGCCGAGGCCGAUUUCCUCGAUGAUGUCUACCGCGAAGCUGGUGCAACUCUCGUCGACUCGGCCAAUGACGUCUGGACGGGUGCUGACAUUGUUCUCAAAGUCCGAAGCCCCAUUCCUGCCGAGAUCGAGGUCAUGAAGCCGUCGCAAACUGUCAUCUCAUUCUUGCAGCCCGCACAAAACAAGCCCAUUGUCGAAAAGCUCGCUGCCCAGAAAGCGACAGCGUUCGCUAUGGAUCUUAUUCCUCGAAUCUCCCGUGCCCAAGUCUUCGACGCGCUGAGCUCAAUGGCCAACAUUGCUGGCUACAAAGCCGUUUUGGAGGCUUCGAACAACUUUGGCCGGUUCCUGACUGGUCAGGUCACCGCCGCUGGCAAGAUCCCACCCUGCAAGGUACUCGUCAUUGGCGCGGGUGUCGCUGGCCUCAGUGCCAUUGCAACUGCCAGGCGACUCGGUGCCGUCGUCCGAGGCUUUGAUACUCGACCGGCUGCUCGCGAGCAAGUCCAGUCACUUGGUGCGGAAUUCAUCGAGGUCGAGUUUAAGGAAGAUGGCUCUGGCGCUGGUGGCUAUGCCAAGGAGAUGUCCAAGGAAUUUAUCGAGGCUGAAAUGAAGCUGUUCCACGAACAGGCUCGUGAGGUCGACAUCAUCAUUACUACUGCCCUGAUUCCCGGGAAGCCUGCCCCCAAGCUCAUCCUCAAAUCUAUGCUUGAGCUGAUGAAACCUGGAUCUGUUGUGGUCGAUCUCGCUGCCGAGGCCGGAGGUAACUGUGAAAAGACGAAGCCCGGAGAGCUGACUGUCUACAAGGAUGUCAAGAUCAUUGGCUACACUGACCUGCCGUCGAGACUCCCUACCCAAUCGUCUACGCUGUAUUCGAACAACAUUACCAAGUUCUUGCUCUCGAUGGCGCCAAAAGAUAAGGAAUUUGGAAUCGAUCUUUCUGAUGAAGUUGUUCGCGGUGCGAUUGUCACCCAGAAAGGAGAGGUUUUACCGCCACCUCCCAGGCCGGCUCCUCCCCCAGCACCGGCUCAAGCUGCCUCGCCCACGAAGGAGGCCGAGAUCGUUGCAGUGACGCCCUUCCAGAAGACUUCCAGAGAGGUUGCUACUGUGACUGCUGGCAUGGGAACUGCGCUGGCUCUUGGUACUGUCACAGGCCCACUCUUCAUGAGCAACCUGUUCACCUUCUCGCUCGCCUCACUUAUCGGCUAUCGUGUUGUAUGGGGCGUGGCUCCGGCUCUGCACUCGCCGCUGAUGAGUGUCACCAAUGCCAUAUCAGGCAUGGUUGGCGUUGGUGGCCUUUUCGUGCUGGGCGGCGGCAUCUUCCCACAGACCAUCCCCCAGGUGUUUGGUGCUCUGUCUGUCCUGCUAGCUUUCGUCAACAUCUCGGGCGGCUUCGUUAUCACGAAGCGAAUGCUGGACAUGUUCAAGCGACCAACAGAUCCUCCCGAGUAUCCUUGGCUGUAUGCUGUGCCUGCCGCUGUCUUUGGCGGUGGCUUUGUCGCGGCUGCCGCAACUGGAGCUGCAGGUCUAGUUCAGGCCGGCUACAUGGUCAGCUCUGUUUUGUGCAUCAGCUCGCUAUCCUGUCUUGCCUCCCAGGCAACAGCUCGCAUGGGCAACAUACUGGGCAUACUCGGUGUGGGAUCGGGUAUCCUGGCGUCAUUGUACGCUGUUGGGUUUUCGCCUGACGUCUUGGCCCAGUUCGGUGGUCUGGCAGCUAUUGGAGGUCUUGCUGGCUUCUUGAUUGGCAAGCGGAUUACGCCUACCGGCCUCCCCCAGACCGUCGCCGCUCUUCAUUCAGUUGUUGGCCUUGCAGCUGUCCUGACAUCUAUCGGCAGCAUCAUGGGCCAUAUCGAAGCCGACAUCUCCACACUUCAUCUCGUCACUGGUUACCUCGGCGUGCUUAUCGGUGGUAUCACCUUCACAGGGUCUAUUGUGGCCUUCAUGAAGCUAGCUGGUAAGAUGUCGUCCAAGCCUCUCAUGCUUCCCGGACGCCAUCUUCUCAACUCUGGCAUGCUCGCCACCAACGUCGCCACCAUGGGUGCCUUCAUAACAAUGGCGCCUGGAUCUCCCAUGAUCGCGGCAGCAGCUCUUGGCGCUAACACUCUGCUAUCGUUCAUCAAGGGCUACACGACGACAGCAGCAGUUGGCGGUGCUGACAUGCCAGUCAUCAUUACAGUACUGAACGCCUAUUCAGGCUUUGCUCUGGUAGCCGAGGGAUUCAUGCUCGAUAACUCGCUGCUUACGACUGUCGGUGCGUUGAUUGGCGUUUCAGGCUCCAUUCUAUCGUACAUCAUGUGCGUGGCCAUGAACCGAUCUUUGACCAAUGUGCUUUUCGGUGGUAUUGCUUCAGCGCCUGCAAGCGAGUACAAGAUUGAAGGCGCCAUCACGCAGACCUCAGUCGACGACACGGCCGAGGCUCUUGUCAACGCCGAAAACGUCAUCAUUGUAGUUGGGUACGGAAUGGCAGUCGCCAAGGCUCAGUACGCCAUCAGCGAGAUCACCGAAAUGCUUCGCAAAAAGGGCAUCAAUGUACGUUUCGCCAUUCACCCUGUGGCAGGACGAAUGCCUGGUCAAUGCAACGUCUUGCUCGCUGAAGCGAGCGUACCGUACGAUAUUGUGCUGGAGAUGGACGAGAUCAACGACGAUUUUGGUGAGACGGAUGUUGUCCUCGUCAUUGGCGCCAAUGACACCGUCAACCCAAUUGCCCUGGAGCCGGGCAGCCCCAUCGCGGGCAUGCCUGUCCUGCAGGCUUGGAAGAGCAAGCAGGUCAUUGUGAUGAAACGCGGCAUGGCCAGUGGUUAUGCUGAUGUGCCGAAUCCCAUGUUCUACAUGGAGGGCACCCGUAUGCUCUUCGGAGACGCCAAGACCAGUUGUGACGCCAUCAAAGCAGCGGUCGAGUCGCGUGUCUAG